AUGCAGACGCCCGAAGAGUCAAGCAAUUCUUCAAGAUCGUCAACAACAGACAAAGAUCUUAUGCCACUAGCAAGAAUGUCUACAGUAGAUGUAUCAACCAAAAGUUUCAUAAAUAAAGAUGUUUCUGAUGAUUAUUAUGGACAUAAUCUUCUUGAAAAUUUUGAGGGUGUCUACAUGGGAGAGAAUGUAUUUAAAGAUUAUUUCUUUGUCCUUCCUACUUUACCUGGUGCAUCUUUUUCACCUGUCGCAACUGUACCACCUGGGUGCAUCUUUUUUGCCCGUCCAACUUAUGGUUUCUUCACGUGCCAGAGUCGUUGA